GGAGUUGACAGGCAUAGUACACUUAUCUAGGAGGCUCUGGUCGGAGUAAACCUUUUCAAUCAUGAAUUCACCCGGCUUUUGGAACAUUUUUGCAGUUACAACUAGCGCCACCUGCCACAACGGCUUUUGUCAAGAGUUUUUCCACAAAGGGCCGAAGCUAGUAUCGUAGGCCUUGUUUGUUUGUUAUCGCAGCGGUCGUGCAUUUCGCAUUAUUACCGCCGAAGAUACUUCAAAGCGUGUGAUGCACAGAGUGGUAUUUGCAGUAUGGUCUGUUGUUGCGUGCCUCUCUGUAAGUCCGAAUACAAGAACAAGAAGGAUGGGGGACUCUCCUUCCACGAGUUUCCAGUGACCCAUGUCCGAGACCAAUGGAUCAGGGCCAUUUCGCGUAAAGGUCCGGACAACGCGUUGUGGCAGCCCAACGGCAGAUCAAAGGUGUGCAGUCUCCACUUUAAGGAUGAUGACUACAAGGAGUGCAACAAAUUCCGGCGCCUGCUGAAGCCCACAGCCGUGCCCACCAUCUUCCCAGGCUACCCGUGGUACGAGGAGAGCCUGAAGAAGGCCCAGCAGCGCGCUGCAGGGAAGCGCUCCGCCGGCUCGACGGACUCCGAGAUGGAGCAGGACAUGAAGCCAGAUCUCAGCGAAGGAUAUCCCAAGCCCGUGAAGACAUACAACAAGGGGCCGGGCAGGCACAAGGUGCUGCUCUUGGACGUGCCUAGGAAGCCCGUGGCCACAAUUGCGUCAACGCGAGUGGUCACUGCUCCCAGUUCACAGGCCAGGAGAGCAGAAGAAGCCAUGAAGUCCUCCGCGGCCGGCUCCAGUUCGGCUUCCAGCUCGUGGGGACCACACACUUUUUUUGUGCUUGGCGGCGAGGGAGGCUCGGCCGACGCUGCUGACAUGGUGACCAGGUACGAGCUGACCACGAUAGCGGCACCCUUGGAAUCGGAAGAAGCAAUCCUGGAAACAGUGGCCUGCGAAACGGUGGUAACAUCGGACGACGCUUCUACACCGAUAGACGAGCCGCACAUGCUCAUCCUCCCCGACACGGCCCCAUUCCUGUACAAGCCCGCUGCACUCUCCAAAAGCGUCGGGCAGCAGACGGCCAUGACGAGCCUGGCGCUGGCGGGCAUCUUCUCGGAGAUCAUCAGCCUGAGGACAAAGUGCUCCGACAGCAAGGACCAGCUGGGAGCACUCUCGAAGGAAAACUGCGACCUGAAGAGAAAGUGCGAGGAGCUUCAGCGGAGCCUGGAGGCGCUCGCCGAAGAGAACAACAAGCUUAAGAAGAGGCUCUGCACCGAAGCUGCUGGGCAGGAAGAGGGUCAGGCAGCGUGAUUCUAAAGUCUUUCUUUUUUUUUCUUCUCCAAAUAAAAUGUUUUUAUCUGGCA